AUGUCACGAAGACCAUCCUAUGGGGCGGCACCCUUGGUACGUGGCCACAGAGGCAGUCAUCGACCUGGAUUCAACUACCCGUUCGGAUACGGCAUCAUUGAAUGGGAGGACGGAUAUUACUCUGAGCCCAGAAGAAUGAUCAACCAAGAUUACGACCUUGAUCCUCGGCAGAAUUACGCAAGCCGGCAGAUGGAAGGGGGCAGAAUGCCGGGUCCAAGAUAUCCAUUGGAGCAGUACGACCCUCAUCACAGAUCGAGAAGGGUAGCCCACAGUAAAGACGGAGUUCCAUUCGGUAAAGCAAUGAUCAAGUUGUUCAAAGACAUCGGGAAGGCAGAAGAGUUCUACGGUUCCUUCGUCACAGAUUACGAGGACGAAAUCUCAACCCUCAAGCGAUAUGCCCCAUCGGAGCUUCUGAACAAGUUGUGGAUUGCACGAGUUGAGGGGAAGCCGGACGGUGGAUCAUUCGAUGAGGGGGAAGAGAUACCAGAAGGAGAGAAGAGCUUCGUCAUGUUUGAAGAGAAGAAGAGUAUGUUGAUUCGGUCGAUGGAAGGAGCUGCAAACUCGAUGAUCAUCGAAAGCCGAUCUCCGAAGCACGAGGUCCGUGCUGAAGCCCAGAAGCGACUCCGCGAAAAAGUCCAGACUGCGCACAAGCUCAUCAUGGCGCUCCUCGACGGAGCGCCUAGGAAACACAGCCAGUGCAAGUCGUUGUUGAGUGAGCUGGGAAUGCUGAAGGCCUUGGUCAACCCCGAAGAAGAUGCGAACAGGGGCUUGUUCAAAUCAGGAAAUGACACCGAAGACGGAGGCGACGCUGGAGACGAUCAGGACGAUGGACAACAGGGCGGCGGCGGAGGAGGUAGCGGAGAGGAGGAAAUAACAGGUGUCGGCAUUCCGCUUGCGCGAAGACUGCGCGACCCUGCUCCUGCUUUUCUGAUGCCAAUUGCAGACACGAGAUCGCGUCAAACCCUCACGGGCAGACCUGUGCACUGCGCCCCUUGGGAGGGGAGACAGGAGGGAGGUGAGUUGAAGAGUUUACUCCGAAUUUCUCAUAUGCACAGGUUCGAUCCGAAGGAUCUUGAUAAGCGCCACGCGACGCGGCACGGAGGCCAGGCCGGGCACAAAUCUGGGAACUUCGCAGCUAGAGUCGUUAAGCGCAACCCGUGGUUCACCUUCUGCUUCAUCCCCGUCAUACCACUCAGUAUCCACGGCUAUGAGGACGUCGUCUGUUCCAUCUGCAACUUUGCUCAGCCGUUGAAGAACAGGCAGGACGUGAUGGCCAUGAAGGGAGGAGGCGUGCCGCUGCAGCAUCAGCCGCCGCCGCCGCCGGGCGGUGGUCCACCGGCUGGAUGGGGAGGACCCGGACAGCCGGGAGCGCCGAAGCCUCAACAGAACAUGCAGUAUGGUUGA